AUGACAGUUGCGCAUUCUGUUGCUUAUUCAGCAAUCGGCUUGUCCCUUCUAAGUUUCACCAUUUGUAUUUACUCAUUAAGAGGCUUAGCAUCCAAAAUUAGUAUUAUCAAUGAAAAAUUUAUGGAAGAAGUGAAAGAAUUUCGUGGAAUGGAAAGCUAUAUUCGAGGUGAAUAUCGUUACAAGAUGGCUUCAGCUAGUUUUACUAAAAUUAGGAUGGCAAGACAAGCUCCUCAAUGCCAAUGUGAUGCAAACAAUCGCUGUCCCCCUGGGCCUCCAGGACCAGCCGGUUUAAAUGGACAAGAUGGAACACCUGGUCUCCCGGGACCAGUUGGCGCACCAGGUCUUCCUGGUAACAUGCCAGCUAUUAAUUAUAACUUCGAAGGACAUUGUCGUUCAUGUCCCAAUGGACCACAAGGACCGCCAGGUCCAAUGGGGCAACCGGGACGGCCAGGUGAAAAUGGAUUACGAGGACAAGCUGGAAAUCGCGGAGCAGAUGGUCAUAUGGGACAACCAGGUCCACCUGGUUCACAAGGAGAAAGAGCACCACCAGGUCAUCCAGGAGAACAAGGAUUGCCUGGUCUUCCUGGGCCACGAAAUGGAAAAGGAUUACCUGGGCCAAAAGGACCACCAGGACAACCUGGACCACCUGGUCAAUCCGGACAACCAGGCAUACCAGGAAAGCAAGGAUUGCAAGGAACUUCAGGUCCACAAGGACCACAGGGAGAACCUGGCCCAGAUGGAUAUCCUGGAUCACCGGGUCAGAGAGGUAUGCCGGGUGCUAGUGGCGAAGAUGCUGCCUAUUGUCCGUGCCCGCAUCGACGUGUCGCUGUUUCACUGCAAAAAGCCUAA